UGUGGCUAGUCUUUUAACUAAGGAGGGUCAAAGAAGUGAAUAAAUAGGAAAGAAGAUUUGUAUUGUAAGUCACAAGUUCUAGCAAUUCAGGGGGUUUUUUGGCUUAUGACUCUGGUUGUCUUCUUCAUUUAGUAGGAAGCAGAAGAGGAAAACAAAAUGCAUCAUUUUCCCGUUAAAAGCAGUCUUGUUGAUUCAGGUAAAGAAACUACAGGCAAUGAGCAACCUCUUUGUCCUAAACCUCGCCGCCUUGGCCCCACCAUGCCGGAGUUUCUGAAGCCUCUGAGAUGUACUAAUCACAGAGACAUAAACACUGAACAUGGGGGAAGUAGAGUUCUUAACAUGAUUGCCGAAAAGACGGUUGAUGAAAGGGAAUUCACAUGCACGGGAUGCUCGCCGGCGUGUUACGCCGGGUCACCGCCGGACAGAACAGGCAACCCCUUGGUUCACGACGUCCAGUUCCUGCUUCAGAUGGAGCUCCUUUCACCCUUCACAAGAUGAAAAAUACCAAACUUUCAGAUAAAUUCGGCUUCACCUCUGUCUUUUUCCGGUGGUCUUUUCCUUAGCAUCUUCGUCCAUUAGUAUGAAUUUUCCGAUUUAAUCAUGGACCUCUCUCUGUAAAGUAAAUACAUAUAUUAUGAGUCGAAUUAGACUCAGUUGUAUCUUUUGUACAUACUAUUUUCAUAAUUUUUGUCGGAGACUAUGAAAUUUUGUUUCUUUCUGAGAUUUUCAAUGAAUUUGAAACUUUCCC